AUGUUCCGCGACAUGAGGAUGGCUGUCGCUCGCUCUAUGGGGUACCAGAGCUUGAAGAACAAGAUCCUGAAGCCUACGAUUGGUGACCCAGUGCUGAUCUACCAUCCGGAAAAGAAGCUGAGCCCCGGAUACCGUUUGGGUCAUGUGAAGGAUCUGCUAGAUGAAG